AUUUUACUUGUUUUCCCUAAUAAAUUCGCAAACAGCAUAAGGUGACGAAAUUUUCCCCUCACAACGGCUAUUUAUUAUCUUUCUCAGUCUCUCGUUGAAACCCUAUUUCUCAAACAGAGCACGAUAAGCUUGUUCGUCUUCGUCUUAAUAAUAAUCAAAAUGGCGGCGAGAGGUACCUUGCUUAAGUACGUGAGAGUGAACGUAAACACAGUAUCUGGAAACCCUCGCACCACCGCCACCAACCUCUUCUCCCUCUCCUUCAAUGCCAUACGCCGUCGUUUCUCCGAGGAGGUCCGAGGUUCCUUCCUCGAUAAAUCUGAAGUCACCGAUCGCGUCGUUUCCGUCGUUAAAAACUUUCAGAAAAUUGACCCUUCCAAGGUUACACCAAAUGCCCAUUUCCGAAACGAUCUUGGUUUAGACAGUUUGGAUACUGUGGAGAUUGUGAUGGCACUUGAAGAAGAAUUCGGAUUUGAGAUUCCAGACAAUGAAUCAGACAAGAUCAGCAGCAUCAACCUGGUGGUAGAUUUCAUUGCUUCUCACCCUCAAGCCAAGUAGGGAGAAAGUAUUACUCAGUAUUUUUGUUUUCAUCAUUAGAAUCGUAGAACUUUCAUAUGUUUCUUAAAGAAUGAUUUUUUUAAUGCCCUUUUUUUUUUUGACUCCAUAUGAAUCUGUUGAAAUAAAUUGUUUUGAGAGCUUGCUGUGUCAACGAUGCUCACCUUUUGAAUUAACGGAAGGAAAUUGUAAUGUUUGAAUGCCCUGAACUGAAAUUGGUUCCGCUAGCAUUUCAUUCUAAUAAAAUUAUUUAGGACAUUUUUUGUUAGAA